GCCCCGGGGACCCCGCGCGUGGGGCCCGGGCGGCGGGGAGGCUGCCUGGACCCCGCGCAGCCCCCGGCCUGGGAGCGGCGAGCGCAGCACGCUUGAUCGGCUCAGGAUGGGGAACCACGUGGGGAAGCGAGAGGCCAGCGCCGAGAAGGGCCACAAGGACGGCGAAGCCAACAGAGCGGAGUCUGAAGGAAAGCGGGCCCCUCGCGAGCUCUCCCGGGAGGCCUCAGGAGACAGCGAUGUGUUCGGAGAGGCAGAUGUGGACCCGAACAAUGGGCCCCCCCCGCAGCGCCCAGCGGUGACAGACUCCAAGAGCUCAGCGGACCCGAAGAAUGCCUGGCCGGACGCCAACCCAGCUGACCCCGGGGGCCGCCCCCACUUGGUCCGCCUCUUCUCCCGAGAUGCCCCCGGGAGGGAGGACAACACCUUCAAAGACAGGCCCUCGGAGUCCGACGAGCUGCAGACCAUCCAAGAGGACAGUGCAGCCGCCACCGCCGGGGACCCGGGCGUCAUGGCGUCACAGAAGAGACCCUCUCAGAGGCACGGGUCCAAGUACCUGGCCUCCGCGAGCCCCAUGGACCACGCCAGGCACGCCUUCCUCCCGCGGCACAGGGACACGGGCAUCCUCGACUCCCUGGGGCGCUUCUUUGGAGGUGACAGGGGUGUGCCCAAGCGGGGCUCGGGCAAGGUUCCCUGGCUCAAGCAGGGCCGGAGCCCUCUGCCCGCUCACGCCCGCGGCCAGGCCGGGCUGUGCAACAUGUACAAGGACGCCCACCACGUGGCUAGGACCACCCACUACGGCUCCCUGCCUCAGAAGUCGCAGCACGGCCGGUCCCAGGAGGAGAAUCCUGUAGUCCACUUCUUCAAAAACAUCGUGACGCCCCGCACGCCUCCGCCGUCACAAGGAAAGGGGCGAGGACUGUCGCUCAGCAGAUUUAGCUGGGGCGCCGAGGGGCAGAAGCCCGGCUUUGGCCUCGGGGGCCGCGCGUCCGACUACAGAUCGGCUCACAAGGGCUUCAAGGCCCACGGCGCCCAGAGCACGCUUUCCAGAAUCUUCAAGCUGGGGGGCAGAGACAGUCGCUCCGGAUCGCCCAUGGCCAGACGCUGAAGCCCGCGGCCUGCUCCCGAAUCCUGUCCUCGGCUUCCUAACGCGCCCCCUGAGAUGUUAACACGGCCCCGCCCGCCCCCCACUUCUAGAAAUGACAACCUCUCACCUAACGCCUUGGACGUGUGCGCACAGUAGGGUCAGCUCGCCGCAUCCUACUGGCAUUUUCCGGCCCACAGCCCCACGGAGAAGCGCAAACACAGAACACUUCAACGCCCCCGCCUUCGCGUCUGAAGACAAAGUGUCCCGGAGUUUCAUUCCACGGCAACGCGCUGGGCGUCCCGGAGCCCCAUGCCCGGGCCGGGCCGCCACCCACUCACCCUCCGUCCUCGGACUUGCUGCGCCCGCUGACCCUUCCCCGGCUUCCGGCACCGCCGUGCAACGCUGCUGUGGACGCCGGACGUGGGCGGGUGGCGGGACUGGCGACCGCGCCCCUCCGGUUUCCUCCCCGCCCUGCCUCACCUCCUAAGGCCCCUUCCCCUCCCUAACAGGACUAGGCAGCGAGUGGCUUCACCCCGCGGGGGCUUCGGUACGUGAGACGCAGGUGGCAGCUUGGAGGAGAGCAGGGUGGCGGCGCAGAGGGCCCGGCGGGCCACUCCCUCGCCGGGGGGGCCGACCUCGCGCACGGCGGACAGGGGACGGCGGCAGGCGGGCUGGGCCGUGGCCUGGAGCAGGCGAGGACACAGCGGGGACCACAGUGGCCCCUACAAAGCACCUGUUUCGUCACCAGAGCCCGGCUGAGAGCUCGGGGAGACCUGCAGAGAGAGAGAGGACUGUAGGAGGUUUCGGGGUGCCACGCAGUGCCGCCCUGGUUGCUGGAGAGCCGACGGUGGCCGGUGGCACGUUCGGCCGGGCAGUGCGCGCUGCAGACACUAACCCUAACCCUGGGGGGGACCCUGCCUCAGCCGGCCUCCUGGGGGCGGGCGCGGCCGGCUCGGCUAGGGCUGCCCCCGCCCCUGAUCCCGCUCCUGAAUCUGCCCCCGCCCCCGCCCCUGAUCCGCCCCCGCCCCAGCCCCUGAUCCGCCCCCGCCCCAUCCUACCCCGACCCAGCCCCAGAUCCUGCCCCGCCUCUGGUCCUGCCCCUGCCCCAACGCUGCCCCCUGCUGGGCCCAGCUGCCAUCUGAGGCUGGAGAGAAGCCGCCCUCUGGAAGGUCCCUCUAACAUGAGCUGACGCCCCUGCGCCCCGUAACAUGCUGAUUCUGCGUUUUGAGUUUUAGUGCCUCUUCUCAGCCUUCCCGGCCCCCCAAGGCCUCCUGCCCCCACUAGAGUGAGGAGGGGGCGUGGCCCCCGUAGGCUCCCUAACCCCCCUAACCCCGACUGUUGAGAGUGGGUUUACCUAACGUCCACUAACACACACAGCCUAGGCGACGAGAGGGCGAGGAGACCCAGCCCCGCCUCCGGCAAACCCAACCCCCACACGCUCGCCCCAGCGGCCUGCCUCUGAGCGGGUGCCGGCGGGGGAGCCCCACGCGGACGACACCCCAGCGCAGCCCCGGCUGUCAGGGGGCACCCACACCGUUCUUGAAUAGUGACGUGAAUAAACUUUUAAUGGU